GAAAGCAUAAACACGUGACUUAACAAAAUCUUCGUAAUUGUCAGAAUGAAACAAGACAUAAGUUGAUCUUUCUGAAAAAAAUGGAAUUAAAGUCAUCAACAAUUAAUGUACUUUUUGUCCUUAUUUUUGCCUGCUCUUCAAGAAUUCUUGGAGCUUUCAGCAAUGGCGGUGAAUCAACAGUUAAACAACAAAACCCAGUAAAAAGAUCCGAUUUUCCAUCUGGGUUUUUAUUUGGAGCAGCCACUUCUGCUUAUCAAGUUGAAGGAGCAUAUUCUGAAGAUGGUAAGUCUCUUAACAACUGGGAUGUAUUUUGUCAUUCCAAAGGUUGUGGAGAAAAUGGUGAGAAUGGAGAUGUUGCAGAUAAUCACUACUAUAUGUUUAUGAAUGAUAUUGAGAUGAUGCAUUCUCUUGGCUUAAAAGCAUAUCGGUUUUCGAUCUCUUGGAGUAGGAUUCUUCCAAGAGGAAGAUUUGGUGAAGUUAAUCCUCUUGGAAUCAUGUUCUACAAUAGGAUCAUUGAUAAUCUUGUACUAAAAGGAAUCGAGCCAUUUGUGACGAUUCACCAUGGAGAUUUCCCUCAGGAACUUGAAGAGAAAUAUGGUUCAUGGCUAGAUCCUCAAAUGCAGGACGAUUUUGUACAUUUUGCGGACACGUGUUUCAAAAGUUUUGGAGACCGUGUGAAGUACUGGAUUACAAUCAAUGAACCAAAUUUGGUUACAGAAAUGGGUUAUGAAAGAGGGGUGUAUCCACCAAAUCAUUGUUCACAGCCUUUUGGUAUCUGUCUUGCUGGAGAUUCUGAUGUUGAGCCUUUGUUUGUUAUGCAUAACAUGUUAUUGGCCCAUGGUAAAACAGUAAAGCUAUACCGUGAAACUUAUCAGCCAAAACAAAGUGGACUGAUAGGACUAGUUGCACAUUGUUUCAUGUAUGAACCACUUACAGAUAGUGAUUCCGAUCACAAAGCUGCAGAACGGGCUUUGAUAUUCAAUAUUGGCUGGUCAUUUGAUCCACCAAUAUUUGGGGAUUACCCUCAAGAAAUGCGGGAUUACCAUGGUAGUGAUUUACCAAGAUUUUCUCCAGAGGAAAAAGAUUUUAUGAAGAAUAGUAUUGAUUUUAUUGGAAUUAACCAUUAUUCAGCUAUAUAUGCCAAAGAUUGUACCAAUUCUAGCUGCUCGGAAACUGCCAAUCGUGCAAUCAAAGGUUUCGUGGAAAUUACUGGAGAGCGUGAUGGUGUGCUGAUCGGUGAACCAACGUCAAUGCCAAGAUUCUUUGUAGUUCCUAGAGGCUUGGAAGAGAUUGUUAAUUAUGUCAGGGAUAGAUACAACAACAAGCCCAUGUUUAUUACUGAAAAUGGGUAUUCGUCACCAAAGGUGCAGGAUAUAAAAGUUGAAGAGAUUGUGAACGAUGUCAAACGCAUUGAAUUCCAUCAGGCAUACCUUGCUUCUCUAGCAAAAGCCAUGGGGAAUGGAGCUGAUGUUCGUGGCUAUUUCAUAUGGUCAUUGAUGGAUAACUACGAAUGGACACAAGGUUACAAGGUGAGAUUUGGAUUACACUAUGUUGACCGCGUAACAUUUAAUCGGGUACCCAAACUGUCAGCAAGAUGGUAUCAAGAUUUUAUAAAGAACAACAGUCAGGUUGAUCUUUUAGGAAUUACAACUCCAAAAUUAGUGCACAAACAAGCAUAUUUAUAUGAUAUUUGAUUUGCACAUACCAUUAUUAUUUUGUCAUAUAUUGUUACCGUUCGUAUUUCUAUAUAUACAUUGCUGUAUGUUUUUAGGAA